UUGGCAGAGACAGUCGAGGUUAUCAAGCCUCUUUCAGUGGCAGCGCAACCUGCUCACAAACUCGCAGACUAUGUCUCAUCUAUGCAAGCCAAAGCUUUCCCUGCAAUGUCUGGGAUAGAACUUGGCGAUGUCUUGAUACCCGAAUCAUCGAUCGCGGACACGACGAAAUGGACGGGAUCGAGAUCAUUAGACAAUCUGGUUGAAUUCAUUAUCGACGUUCUCCCGACACUACACGCCCGUCUGUCCCAAAGGUCCAAAUUGGCUGGAGCUCCCACAUUGCUAUUCAUAGCCGGAGCUGCACUUCGGGUCGCUGAUGCGACCAGAGUUCUCAAAGAUAAGAGACUGCGUCGUGAGAAGGGUGCAGAUGUAGCAAAGUUGUUUGCGAGACACUUUAAGCUGGAAGAGCACGUUUCUUAUCUCAAGAGGUCAAAAAUUGGUUCUGCUGUUGGGACUCCUGGAAGAAUCGGCAAACUGCUAUGUGAAACCGACGCCCUCUCGGUGUCUCAGCUCACACACAUUAUCCUGGAUCUCUCACAUCGAGACCCGAAGAACAGAAGCUUGUUAGAUGUCCCGGAGACUCGGGUCGAAGUAUUCCGAACCGUUCUAGGGGCGCCAAAUGUACUCAAGGGCAUUCAAGAGGGGAAAAUCCAACUGGUGCUUUUCUAG